CCACCAUUCAGUCCCUUCCAAGUGGGCAGGAGUACAAUACCAUACCGUACACCGCCUUCCCCCAGCUCCAUUGCGACACCGCAAGGGCUUCUAGUUGCACCCACCGUAACACUGUGGUGGCCAGGAAUGGGCCAAUGUUGAUCCAUGCUUCGACUGUCCUCCUCCUCCUCCUCCCCUGCCUGCUGUUGCUCUUGACCCUCGGUGGGGUCGUCUCUCUCUCCCUGACACUCGACUCUGGGCCUUGCCCCCAUAACCCCAACCCCAAAUCUGUCUUCUCUGCUACUACCACUACUAUUACUACUACUACCACCUUUGCUACACUCCCUCCGAUCCACCUCAAACACUACCUCCGUGGGAGUGUCACCUCAACCUCGUCUACCUCUUUUUAUACCUUCCCUUGCCGAAACACUCUUCCCCUUUCAGUCGAUUCGCGAAUGCUUCUCCCCGUGAAACUGAUCUCUAUUAUACCCAUGUCGCCGCAUUAAACGAUCUCCCCUCUCCAAAUCCUAUCCCUCGAUCUAUCGCACUCCGAUCGAAUCAUUCCCUCCCUCACCCUUGAGCUCUUGCUGGGGGGAAUCUCUCACUUCUCAUCCUUCUCCUUCCGACCAUCGAUCACGACCUCGAUUCCCUUUUUCAACUCUUACACCCUCUCUCCGAAUCCGACCAUGUCGGCCCCGCUCGUCAAGGUCCUGCACCGCCUGCAGGAGCUCUUUCAUAACGUCGUAUCCGCCCUCGAAGCCAUGAUGCUCUUCCCAUCGCUGUUCCGCGGCCUCUCACACCGGAAGCGCAAGCCCUUCCUGGGCGCUCACUGGCGUCGUCGCACGCUGGACGACUUCGCCGACGAGGUCGAGACCCUCUUCACCAAGCCGCUGUCCACGCCCAAAAUGCUCGAAAUGUCGGAGAAGAUCCGCGCGCAAUUCCGUCAUUGCUUGCAGAACAGCCCUGUCUGCAUGCUUCCCUCGUACAACCACGCAUUGCCCACGGGCUCCGAAACGGGUACAUUCCUCGCGCUGGAUGUGGGAGGUUCGACCUUCCGGGUUGCGCUCAUCGAGCUGCAUGGACGGGACGAGGAGAUGCGUAUUGUGAAGGUCGCGUCCUCGUACAUUGAUAAUAGCGUCAAGCUGCUGGAGGGUACACAAUUCUUCGACUGGAUGGCCGGGCACAUUGAGAAUAUGUUGAAGGACGUAGGCACGGACUAUGGCCGUGGUGACGUUGCACUGCCGAUGGGUUUGUCGUGGUCAUUCCCGAUUGAUCAGACUUCUCUGGGCAGCGGGUUGAUGAUUCACAUGGGCAAGGGUUUCCAUUGCUCGAAUGGCACUGUCGGGCAAGAGUUGGGCGAUCUACUGAUUCAGUCUUGUCGCAAGCGCGAUCUUAACGUCGCCAUGGCGGCUAUUGUAAAUGAUAGCUCCGCGGCUCUGCUGUCGCGUGCCUAUGUCGACCCGAAGACCCGCAUGUCUCUGAUCCUGGGAACGGGCACCAACAUGGCCAUCCACUUCCCCGUGCACGAGAUUGGCCGAAGCAAGUUCGGCAUGCGUCCCGAGGGGUGGUUUGAUUACGCCAAGCACGUUAUCAUCAACAGCGAAAUGAGCAUGUUUGGAGGUGGUGUCCUCCCCAUGACCCGAUGGGAUGACGUUCUGAAUCGCACCCACUUGCGCCCCGACUACCAGCCUCUCGAGUACAUGAUUACCGGUCGUUACCUUGGAGAGGUUGUCCGUCUCAUCAUCGUUGAGGCUGUCGAGACAGCCGGUCUGUUCGGCGGCGACCUCCCGCACUCCAUGCGUGAGGCCUACUCCUUCGACACCAGCAUCGUUGCCUUUAUCGAAGAGGACUCGUCUGCCUCAAUGUCCGCCUCUGCAGCCCUCCUGCAAAAGCAACAUACAUUCCCCAGCUUCCCUCCCGUCGAGGACCUGCGCUUCAUCCGACGCGUCUGCCAGGUUGUCUCGCGCCGCGCAGCCGCAUACCUGGCAACCGCCAUUCACAGCAUGUGGUGCCUAAGCAAUGACGUCGAGUCCUCCACCAGCCCCUCCGUUUCCGACAACCUCGUCAAAGAGUCCCCCGAGAUUACCGUCGUCGAAAGCGGCGAGUCUGCCAAGAACCUGUCCAUUGCCUGUGACGGCACCGUCAUCAACAAGUACCCCGGUUUCCGUGAUACUUGCCAAUCCUACUUGGACCAGCUUUCCGAACAAUCUCACAACACCGCUGGCUCCGCGAUUCGCCUAGAACCCGCGCCGGAGAGCGCUAUUCUCGGUGCUGCUGUCGCUGUGGCUGUCGCCGUGGCAGACGAGGCUGAGCGGCAGUCAUGAAUGGUCAAUGACUGCGUGAAUGCUUGAUCAAUGCAUAACCACUCCCAUAGACCACGUCCCCUCCUCUUCUUUACGCUCUUCUCGCUCUCAUUAUUCUCCAUCAUUUCAUUGUGAAUUCAUUUCUUUGUCUCUCGGUCAUCGGCGCAUGAUUUACGAAGUCAGAUAGACAGCACGCGCUGUCUUCGGCUCCACCCCGUUUCACAUUCAAUGCAUUUGCCAGGCGUUUUUCUUUUUUGCAUGGUUACACAGAUCAGUUUUUUCUUCUACUCGCACCGGUUUUUUCUCACCAUCAUCCAUAUGUUUCCCCAUCAUGUCUCCUCGGUUUGGGCGGCGUCUGGUUGUGGUUUCUUCUUUCCUGUCUGAUUGGUGCGGUUUCUUCAGAUAUUAGGGUUUUUUUUAUAUUCCCCUCUUUUCAUUCUUCCAUCUCCAUCCUCUAUUUCUCUUCUUCAUAGGGGGCAUUUUUCGGUUUCCCACGGAUAACUUCUGAAAUUCGUUUAAGCUAUUGCAUGUUCCUAUCGGGGUCAACGGGAUGUAAUAUCCCUGAAAAAUAUUUUUCAUCAACUCUUUUAUUUGAUCGUUUUCCCGUGGUCUGAAAUUGUCUGGCGUGUAUCUUCUAUUUCUUCUGGCCUUAUGUGCGUCUUCGGUUUUGUGUCAGUCCUUGUUAGAUUGGGACUUGGCGAUGAGGGUAAUACAUGGCAUAUCUACUUGUCAAACGUCUGGUGUAUGGACUGGUAUACUGAAAUUAUGGGGAAGCAACCAAAAGCCAACACAACUUGGUACCUGUUCUACUCAUCUACGGAGUAAAUGGUCUGAUAGAUGACAAGCUUACACAUCAGCUAGACGAAAUACCUAUCUCCCU